AUUUUUAAUGUUUUUAAGGUGUUGUUUUAAAUACAAAUCAGCUGACAUUUGCAUAUUGAUAAAACGUUUGUAGCUGCAUUGUAUUAGUUCAUAUUUUCAAUAAACUAUGAUAUAGCUAUUUGAAAUAAUAUCCUCGACUCUCAUGUAUUAAAAGGAAUUAAAUGGGUAAAAUAACUUUAAUCCUGUUCUCCUCUUCUCUAAGAAAUGCGUCCAUCCAGUGCCAUGUCCUUUGAACCGGGGCUGGAACGAGGAGUGCCAUGGGGUCGCGACCUUAUUACAUUUAUGACAUCAGCAGCUGGCUACAUGAUGCGGACUUUGCAAAAGCCACGGAAAAACAAGCCAUCCAAACGGCAGGUGAACCACCGCAGGUUCCUACACAACAUGAUCCAGAGGAAAUUUGCAGAAAUAGAGGCAGCCAAUCAUCAGCUGGCAUCAGCUCUUUUUUCAGUGGACACAGAGUCACAAAGACAAUCAGAAGUAAAGUCGAGUCAGAGACAUGAAUCAGAAAAAAACACGAAAAAAGCCACUACUGUCUUUGGUGAAGCUGAAACAAAACACCUGGAUGAGGACACUGAUACCAUAACUUUAGACAGUCUUGUGGCUAACCCUAAUGAAAGUGCAUUGAAGAGCAAAUCUCUGAAUAACCUGAACAAUGGAAAAGCCAGAAAACAGAUAAUGGAAGAUGGAGAGCAGGUAGAAGAUAGCGGCGAGAACUCAACACAAGAAAUCACCGACUUUACUGGUGAAAGGGAACAAAUUCAUUGUGCCUCUGCUGAUCUGAGUGACUUGACACCAAUUACCAACAACAUUCUAGAAGACAGUGUAUUUACCUCACUUGAAAGUAUUGAAAGAAUAACAGAGAAUUCACAUGCACAUGUCCCUAAUUCACCUGAUGGAGAACAGCAACAACAAUAUUUAGGGCUGACAUUGUUUGAUCAAUCACCCACUUCACCAGUGUCUCCUUUGUCUUUGAAUUCAUGUGAUUUUGAGGUACAAACACAACCAGACAAUGACCACAUCUCCCAAAUUCAACACACUGCAGAGAGUUUACAGAUGGAUUUAAUGGAGAAUAGUGAACUGUUAGACUCAGAAGAGUAUUUACAAGAACUUGACCAAAUGGACUUGGCUGCAGUUUGGGACAUCCACAAUGAAGAGGACCUGAGCUGUUUUCAAGAUAGCCUUCCAUUCCUUAACACGUCACAUACAGACCUUGCCAUGGAUAAUCAAGCAACCUGUGGUGAUGGAGAUAUUUGUGGAGGACUGCAGCGGAUUACCGCACUGCUCGAAAAUUCUGUAAAGAACAUUACUUACAGUGUAGAAAACUGUGGAUCCAAUGGCCACCACGAUCAAGCAAGGCAAACUACAGCAACAAUGGACUGCUACAUGAAUCAGCCUGAAAUAAGUACAGCAGAAAACAAGGAGGAUCACUACUCAAGCACACGUACAUGGCCUGUCUCUGAGCAGGGUAACAUUUCAAGUCAUGUUUUGCAAAAAUUUAAACAUGACCUGUUAGACCAGACCCAACCUAAAAACUGGGAGCAACAUCUCAGUUACUACAAUGCACCAAGCGAGCUAAAAGAUCGUUAUUAUACACUGACAGAUGAAGAAAAGAAAAUGAUUGAGUCAGGACCUACUCUAAAUCCAAACUUCAAUUCCAAUCCUUUAACGAUCUGCUCCUCAACUGAACACUGGUAUGGCUUUGACAUUCCACUACAAGCCAACAGUAACUGCAUAGGAGACUCAUGCUCCUUUUCAAAUAAUGGAAAUAAUCAGAAUAUUCCAAGCUUUGAGGGUGUGGCUCAAUCUUUUCCUGCGCCUUAUCAAAAUCCACACCCUCAUGCAGUUUCAACUCCACCACUGAAUGAUGACUGGCUAUUCAGCAACAUAGCACCAGAGGUGGACUUUAACAGUAUGGUCAGAUCACAUGGACAUACCUACUGUUGAAGGACCUAUGAGAAAUCAAACUUCACUAAUACUUAGCACUCUGGACGAGUAAAACAGAUCAUUACAUAACAAAGAAGCUCAAUUAAAAGCUAAAAAGAUCCUUUAUGAAAAGCACUGUAAAAAACUGUACAAACUCAAAGGACAUUAUGUAUUAAUGGAGCCAGUGGUUUUUCCUUGUCUGUAUAUGUAUUCCUCUGAUGCACUCACAUGCACUAUAUGGCCAAACUUUGGUGGACACCUGAGCAUCACACCUAUGUGUACUUUUUGAACAUCCCAUUCCAGAUUCAUUCCCACCUUUGCUAUUAUAAUAACCUCCACUCUUCUGGGAAGGCUUUUUGGGAGAGUGGCUGUUGGGAUUUGUUAAUCAGCAGCAAGAGUAUUAAUAAGGUUCGGGCACUGAUGUUCACUCAGCAUUCCAGUUCAUCCCAAAGGUGUUCAGUGGGAUAAACAGGCCACUCGGCAUUCUACCCUUGGCAAACCAUGUCUUUAUGGAUCCUGUUUGUGCACAGGGGCAGUGUCAUGCUGGAACAGGUUUGGGCUAUACCUUUUACUUCCGGUGAAGGGAAAUUGUAAUGUUACAGCAUACGAAGACAUUCUGGAGAAACAUAUGCCUCCAACUUUGUGGCAGCAGUUUAGUUGAAUGCCCACAUAUGGUAUGAUGGUCAGUUGUCCACAAGUGUUUGCCAUAUAAUGAAUAAAAUAAACAUGUGCAUUGUUCUUUUGUAUCAUAAAUAUUGCUGCUUCAUUUCGAAUGAAUGAACUCACAUAUGUGAGUUUAGGUUACGUUUUCAGUUCUUUCAAGCAAAAACCAAGGAGAGCUGCU